AAUGCAGAAAUAAAACAUGAAAACACAUGAACUUCUUCAGAAAUGGGGACUUCAUAAUACAAAUGUAUUCAGAAAUCCUAGCGUUCCUCUAAUUUACUAGCUAUCAAUGUAAUCAACUGAACAAACAUCUACUAGACCAGAUUCUAUAAAUAGUACUGGUGCAUUAGUGGCAUAUUCUGGAAAGAAAUGUGGGUAAAUACAUUGUAUUAAUGAUGUAGUCGAGUACCAAAAGAUAAAAGAAUCAUCAAAGAUUAAGUAACAGAGUAAGAUGUAUGGUGGGGUGAUGUGAACAUACCUUUAAGUAGAGAAUCGUAUAAUGAAGUUGAAAAGAUAGCUUUGGAAUAUUUGGGAAGUAGAGAAAAAGUAAUCAAUCCUAUCAAAUAUAUUUUAGUUGUUUAUAAUUGACGGAUAUGCUGGUUGGGAUUCUAACCAUAGAUUAAGAAUUAGAGUAUUUUGCACUAGACCUUAUCAUGCCUUGUUUAUGAAGAAUAUGUUAAUCAAACCAACUGAAGAGGAGUUGAUGAAUGACUUUAACGGAGACGUUGAUUUUUAUAUAUUCAAUGCUGGACCUCAAAUAAUCCAAAAACCAAUUGAUGGAGUUACUUCUGAAGGAUGUGUAGCUGUGAAUCUAACUGAAAGGAAAAUGGUAAUUCUGGGUACCUAAUAUGCUGGAGAAAUGAAGAAAGGAGUCUUCGGAGUUACACAUUACCUAUUUCCAAAAUAAGGCAUCCUUACGUUACAUAGUUCAGCAAAUGAAGGAGAGAAUGGAGAUGUUACUUUAUUGUUUGGGUUAAGUGGAACAGGCAAAACUACUUUAAGUGCUGAUCNUAUUUAGUAUUAAAAUAUAUUUAAUUUAUUAGUUCUAUAAAUAUAUUUAUUUUAAGUUAAUAAUAAAAAAAUACAAUGAUCUUUAUGUUAUAAUUUUUUUAAGUCUAAAAUUUAUAUUUGAAUACUUUUUUGAAGAGAUUAUUGGAGAGAAUUUUUAUGAAGUUUUGAA